AUGUUGUUCACAUCGAAUCUCCGUAAAGCAGUUGAUCACUCGUCGUCAUCAUCAAAGCGUCAUCAGACCGAACAUGCAAUGCGACUAGCUGAAAAGCGUGCCCAAUUGAUAAGACGUCAUACGUGUGCAGUGAUUGCGUUACAACAGCGAAAUGCUUCACCGAAACAACAAGCCAUCACGUUAACACGUCAAAAAUACACUCGUGCCACUCUCAAAACAGAACUUCCUCCAGCAUUACCGCCACAUUCCGCACCAGUCGACGACUCAUGGAGUUUUCCGGCACCACCCGCUUCUGCGCAUAUUCCCUCAUCAGCGCAACCCACCGCUCAGUCAAUCUAUCCAUCCGUAGGAACGUCAGGUAGUGCUGUGAACCACGACGAUGAUGAUUUUGAUGAUUGGAGUGAUGAUGACGAAGAGAUCGUGGAUGCUGGUACAAGAGGGCAAGAUGAAACGAGUGUGCUACAACCGACAAGCGCUCGCUCACAUUCACGUGCCACCAGUGGUGGUUCACGUACGGACCUGUCGACAGACGAUGAACUGGACAGUAAAUGCAAACAGCAGCAAGUGCAAGCACAAUCCCACAAACAUCCUCAGGAACGAAGAGAUAGCAAGAAUGGCAAAAUCAACAAAUCUGAGACGCUGGGUAAUGCGGUAGCAGCAUCAGGACAAAACACUGUGGCGCGCAGUCGAUCAGCAGGUCCAGAAACCAUUUCCACGAAGCAAGGCACCAUCAGGAUGAAGAAUAUCAACAGGUUCUCGAACUUUGUUAAAUCUGGAAUGGAGGCUUUUGUAUUGUCGACUGCAAAAAUGACAACUAAACCUGAAGAGUGUCAUGAGAUUAUUUUGACCGAUAAAGGCCCUGAAUGGACGAAAAUAAAGCAGCAGUACACUUGUGUUGUGGAUAAACCAAAAAAAGAGUCGAAGUUGAAGGGUCUCAAGAGCUUCAUUGCCUAUACGGUGACUUCAUCACUUAGUGGAAUUCAGAUCAAAUUGGCAGAAAAUGGCAGAUGCCUUUGUGCGAUUAGGAAAUUCUUUCGAGAUGGAUACAACGCCAAAUCAUUGAUCAAGUUCACAUUUUCAGCCAAUCAACCCGUGACAGCUGCCUUAAAAGAGACUGCGCAUGUAUUUCAUGAGAUCGGUAAUGCACACGAAGAGAGCGCAAAGCAAGAUUUGGAUCCUCUACUUGAUUGUUUGUAUUCAUAUAAGGGCAUUUUGGCUGGUAUGCCCGAUAUGGUGAACGUGCAUAAGUCAGCGAUGUCGAAAUUACGAGAAAAUGAGAGGUUAUCGAUGGAAAAUAAAGUGUCAACGGCUGAAGCGGAACGUAUUCGUAGUCGAGUGGAUGCAAUCAGCUAUGCGGUUCUGGCCGAAAUGGAUUUUCAACAUCACGAACGUGGCGAAGAUUUCAAACAAAUGAUGGGUGCUUAUCUGGAAAAACAGGCCGCAUUUUAUGAUGGAAUCGCAAAGCAAUUAUCAUCACUCGCUGUACUCUACAGAAACGCAUAA